AUGGAAAAGAAGAAAAACAACAAGAAGAGAUCAGAUAGCCAUUCGCGACGAGUAAUACAGACCUCAAAACCGGAACUUGAGGAAUUUUUCGAGUCUGUCAAUGAGCGUAUGAAAAGCUUGGCCAUCGCCCAGAAACACUACAAGGCCCGAAAUGAUAAGGAACUUACAAUUCAUCCAGGAGACAUUUUUGAGGUUCUCGAUGAUGUCGGUUCCUGGUGGUGCUUGAGAGCCCCAUCUGGCAGGACCGGCCAUGUUCCCAAGGCGCAUCUUGAGAUUAUUCCAAAUCCCAUGAAAGAAAAUGAACGUAUGUACGACCCUCCAGUGGACCCCAUCAUUGUCAAAGUGCCUGUCAUUGUCAAGGCUUCUGUCCAACGCCAAGAGAUUGAGGAGAAGGCUGAAUCAACUGCCACAAAACCUCAAACGGAUCCGCGUCCUGCGACGCCACCUGCACCGCCACCGCAACCAAAGGAACCGGAACCUGCACCUCCUGUGGCAAGCGAGCCGAAACCCGCCCCAGUGCCACCUCCUCAACCUCUAUUUCCCCCUCCACCCCAACUCUAUGGAAGACCACCCUACCACAAAGUUGUCAAAGAGGUGAUCCGAGAGGUCCCACCAUCGCGACGCUAUCGUCGUAUUCAGUCGCGACGUCACAACAAACGGGCGCCCUCUCCACAGUAUUCAGAGGACUCGGUUAGCUCUUGCUCCUCGAAGGCAACCUCCUCCUCCGGCGUCGAUUCAUGGAUUUCUGAUGGAGAAUACGAUCGAGCUCUUCCACGGACCCGGCCUUCCUCUCGAAGUCGUCGGCCGAAGUCAGGACAGCAUCAUUCCACACGGCGUCCAGCUGCACAACCACAUCCUUCACCACAGCCACCUUCUCGCUGCUUCUGCGCAAGAGAUAGAGGGUCAUCUUGUCGUCGUAGGAGUAUUUGCUGCUGUUCUGCAGCCCAGUCGAGGACCCGAUCUUCGAUAUCAGAGAUGUCUCAACGACCAUCGUCCAAGAAAGAUCAACAACAGCUGCAACAACCUCAACAGCCAUUGAUAAUUCUUCUUGAGUCGCCUAGGCAAGAGACACCGCCCUUCACCCAAUCGACGGUUGAUGAACAGGGGACGGAGGAUUACUGCGAUCCGAAUUCGCAGCCACAAAUAUCAAUUAUGCUUCCCCCUAACGCUCAAUUUACGCCUCAGGUGUCCGCCUAUGCCCCACAACAGCAGUACGUGCAAGCACCCGGAUACUACAACUGGUCACCUCAAUAUUAUCAGGGGUAUGCUUGA